AUUGGUUUGACAGGAAGUUGUAGCUGCCAAUGUUUAGCUUGCCGCUUUGUUGAAGAGUCCUGCUGGGUUUCCUGCAGAUUUUAUCAUAAGAGUUGCAAUGGAACCGAGCUGGAGUACGUUUUUAUUCCAACAGGCCAAUGAGGCCCUCCAUCACCAGCACCAAGUAGCCGGAAACAGCCUCUUGCCUUUGCUCAAUUCUGGAACAGAGCCACCUGAUCAAAAACCAGUGCUGCCCAUACCAUUGGAUCAGAAACCACCAGUCAGUGCUGCAGAACUUCUUAAAGACAAUGUGGCCAGCGGGACUGGGGGAGGAGGUGGCGGCGGAGGACCUCCACUCGCUGUGAUCAAAAAGGAACCUAAAUCAAAGACGCCCUUCAUUUGUGGCUACUGCAACAAGGCUUUCCGGGACAGUUACCACUUGCGGCGGCAUGAGUCAUGCCACACUGGCAUUAAGAUGGUUUCGCGACCUAAGAAGACACAAACCGCUCCCACCAUGGUGCCGCUCAUAGCCACGGUACCUCGCGAAAAUAGUGGAAACUCUUCAUACAUCACUACUGUAGCUGGCAUCUUGACCACAGCCACCACAUCGACAGCAACAGGCACAAGCAUUAUGACUCCGAUGCAACAUCAACAGCAACAGAACAUCCCUAAGAAACCAUCCAAACCUGUGAAAAAGAAUCACGGCUGUGAUAUGUGCGGAAAGGCCUUCCGAGAUGUUUAUCACCUCAACCGGCACAAGCUGUCUCACUCUGAUGAGAAGCCAUUUGAGUGUCCCAUCUGCCACCAGAGGUUCAAGAGGAAGGAUCGAAUGACGUAUCAUGCGCGCUCCCAUGAUGGUGGCGUUCACAAGCCUUACAUUUGUUCUGUAUGUGGGAAAGGAUUCUCCAGGCCUGAUCACCUCAGCUGUCAUGUCAAACAUGUCCAUUCCUCAGAGAGGCCUUUCAAGUGCCAAGUAACGGCCUGUACAUCUGCCUUUGCUACCAAAGACCGUCUACGCUCUCACAUGAUCAGACAUGAAGGCAAAGUCACCUGUAACAUCUGUGGCAAAAUGCUAAGUGCAGCCUACAUCACAAGUCACCUCAAGACUCACGGCCAGGCCAGCUUCAGCAACCAUUGUAACAAAGGAAUAAGUGACUGGCAGUGGAACCACUCAGGGCCACGAAAAGGUGAGUUGACGGUAGGAGAGAUUUUAAAUAACUCCUUCCAAGUCCUAAUUGACAACUCUCAUAAAGAUGCCAACAACAUACACAACAACUCCGCCACGACGACACCAGUGACCAACUCGGCAGCCAUCACCUCCGCUAUAAACCGAGGUGGCAAUACCAGCAACCCGGUCACCAUUGCUGCUCAGAUGAACAUCACCACCAGCACCGUCAACAUCACAAACCCAGUCAACCUGGGCCCCGUCAACCUGGCCUCUGUCAAUAUCCCUACCACCGGCCACAUGAAUAUCGCCCACCCUGUGGCGAUUACCACCCCGAUGCCCAUGAAUAUCACCGGCCCACUUAACAUUGCAAUGAGGCCCAUGGAGAGCAUGCCUUUUCUAUCCCAAGUUCUGCCAUCCUCACCACCUUGGUAGAGAGGUUUUUUUUUCAUAGUAACUGUUGAGAAUGUAACUGCCUAAUAAUAAUAUACCAAUGUGUCAAAGAGGGGCAUGCCUUCCUAAAUAGUAUACCGCAUAGAUUAUUACCUGUAAAAGUCAUUGCUUAAAGGUAUCCAUGUUAAAAGUUGAAAAGGCAAUGAUUUCAAUGUCCCAAUAAUGAAUUAAGGCGGCAUUGCUUGGGUGAUAGAGUGGUUCGAUCCUCCAUGCCCUUGUGACGACUGUUGAAGUAGUUUUGAGCACAAUACAAAAUCCCCAGCUGCUCCUGGUGCUGCAUCAUCGGUAGUGAAUGAGGUAAAAGUGCUUUCAGUACCUCCAAAGGUAGAAAAGCGCUAUACAGUGGAACUAUUUAUGCCGACAACCCGUCUUAAGUCGACAGACUCAUCCAAUCCUGGUCCACCGAGUUCUUACUAUUAUUUACACACACAAAAAAGUGCCUGCUUAAAGUGACGUGGUCCUGGAAGCGAAUAAGGCUCAGAGGGGCAACAGGAAAGGAACUGCCACUUACCUUUUAAAGCUUCGCUACAGGACCAACGGUCCUUUCUUCUAAGUCGUUCUUUUCAGCAAACAUAAAGCACCCAUUUAAAUUUAGUCACAAAUGAAGGAACCGUCGGUUCACAAAUGUAUGCCUCUGGCGAAAGUCGCAAGCAAAUGUGCAAGCUAUGCUUAUUUUCGGUUAUGUCGAGGAGAGUCGGCCGAACCGAGGGAUGUCGGUUUAAACGGGUUCCACUGUAUACGUGAAUUCCCAUUUAGCAUUCAUCACAUUGAUGCAAAAUUAUAAAUUUUUUAAAAGUAUUUGCUCUGAAGCUUAGUCCCCCCCUUAUGAAUUUGCUUAAACAAAAUCUCAAAGCUCAUUAGGAUGAAAAGCAUACAUUUUUUGGGGUAUACAUUAAUAGACAUUAAUGUAACACGUGAACAUGUAAUUCUCUAAUCCAGCGGUUCUCAACUGUUUUGGCUGCGGGACCCAUCAUCAUCAUCGUCAUCAUCAUCCCUCAAAUCGUGUACAUUUUUCAACUCAAACUUGUCCAAUGUCUUCUAUUUAAAGGGACUGUUUGCAACGGUUACACGGCUGCCAAGGCACAGAACUCGAGGCGGCGUAGCACGCGAAUAGCACAGACUAGAACGUAAGGUGCAUUCACGGAAAUUACAUUAUUAUUUUUUUUUUUGCCCAGGGAAAGACCCGCAAGCCACCCAUCAGUUGAGAAUUCCUGCUCUAAUCUAUCAAAGGGACAACCUGUUGCAUAUUCAUGAAAUAUUCUGUUCAAUUUCAAAUGGUCAUUUGUCUUUUGGUUCGUUUUUUUAAUUUAAGUGGAAGCAACCAUUUAUGCCAAAGAUUUUACACAAGUAACACAGGUCCCUGUGAAUGAUAUCUUAAAAAAUAGUGCUGACACCUAAAUACAUUGAAAUGAACCGCUGUCUUAAAAGAGGCUUUGCAUUAGAUGCAAUUUUGUUUUUGUUCCCUGUCUUCACCCUCCUACAUCUUUGCAUUUUUCGAUCCCACCAACUCCAAGGUUUCCCAACAGAAUAAGUAAGGUUGCGGAUUUUGAUGUUUUUAUCAGGCAGUUAUCAUUCGGCAUUAUUGGCGGGUACACAUUAAAUGUGUGUCUCUUGUUUGCGCCACCGUUUUUAUGUAUCUGAUGAAAGAUAAGUGCUUGUUAACAGACUCAUUGGAGCUGUGUUAUAUAAGGUACAUCCCUUUUCACAGUUCUUGAGAUUGUAUCUAGCUGUCAGUGUGUUGUGUAAGUGAACAGUUGGGAAGAUUUCCAAGGCGGUGUGUUUGAUGUCAAAAUGUGACACCGUAAUGCACCUAAGACGUUCACCGAGGCGGAUUCCUGGCGUGUGACACAUGCUUCCUGAUAAGAUUUUUUUUACACUAUUUUUAGAAGACUAAUCAGUAUUUAAUAGUUUAUGCAUUUUACAGUUUAAGUGGAAAAAAACAGCUUUCUUAGGAGGGCGUGUGUAAUAUUUUGGAUUUUGUUGAUGUUUCAGAAACUGGUAAGAUUUGUUUUGAAUCCAACUUCUCCCCUGGCUGGAAACUUGUCAUUGUUGGAUGGUCCACACUUCUACCUGUGUGUGUGUGUGUGUGUGUGUGUGUGUGUGUGUGUGUUUUAAAACUAUUUAUCUAAGAACGUGACAGCUGAAAGUACAGCAAGGAGGGAAAAGACAGUAUUAUCAAAUGUCAAAUCGAUUGAUUACUGAGUUUUUUUUGUUUUGUUUUGUUUUUUUCCACUGUAGACUACAAUAUACAGUAUUUCCAUAGAAGGUCAUGGACCGCUAUCAAGGCAAGCCCAAAGUUGGUUGGAACGUUUACGUGAGCAAGCAUGGAUGGUUACUGACAUUAGUUUUAUUCCUAUGCCUAUUCAACGUCUGCUUUUUUUUGUUGUAAAUAUAGAACACUAUUUUAUUGCCUUUUAACGAUGGGAGUGCCAGUUUGACUUUAUACCACAGCCAGCAAUGCAAGAAGUAGUAUUUGCAGAAAAGACACCCCUCACAUUUUUAUUGCAGUAUCGCUUCUUUAUACAAAAGAAAUACAACUUGGAUAUCAUUUAGGGUAGUCAGUGUACAGCUGUGGAUAACACUAACAGUGUAUAGCAGUACAGAUGUACUGUAUGAUCCACCGAAAAUCACUCGACGCAUUGUUGUCUAAAUUGGGGGUGGGUGAUACUGCAAAUUUUGGUAUCAAUCAGUGAUACCAAGUAAAUACAGGGCCGGCAGUGCCGAUACUUACAAUUUUUCAAGAUCGCUGAAUAGUUUUGUGAUUUUUGCCUUUAAUUUGUUGAUCGUGAUUAUAAAAUACAGGACUUGAUAUUAGGCAAAUGUUUUUUUUUAUCAACAAACCGAUGUGUAAACAUGUAAUAAUACAAUUAUUCCCUUUUUAUUACAUACAAUUGUUUGAGCAAAAUAAUAUCAAUAGUGCAAACUAAGACAAAAACCAAACUACUAUUCGCUUUCAUGCUUGUGCCCACUAAGCCCCCCAUUUAUUGUUUUUAAACAAUAUAAAAAUAACAAUGAUGUAAUAUGAACAACAAAAACAAACAUUUUAGUUAGAAAAUAUUUGUGAAAAUAAACAGAAGAGAACUGAAAAUUGUAAAUGUCGUCACUCUAUUAUGGAUCUGAUACCGAGCCUGCCCAUGGUAGUGACUAUCCCUAUGUGGAUCGACCCGUCCCCACCUAAUAGCUGGCAACACAAGUCAGUAUCAAAAUAAUUGUCUUGGCUACAACAUGUUAUAGAGAUGGAUGUUUUCCAUCACAAUGACCCCAAAUACACCUCCAAGAUGACCACUACCGUUCUGUGGAAGCUGAAGGUGAUGGAGGAGCCAAGUAUGUCUCCAGACCUGAAUUCCAUGUUCAAGAGCAGAGGCACUGCUUGGGGCCACGGCUGAGUUGGGUGCCCCGAGGGCUGACACACUUGUGCAGCAGUGGUGCUAUGCGAAGGGCCCCCAAGAGGCCGUGCGAUUUUGGUCACGGUUUGACAUUUCCUGCAAAGUGUACUCAUUUGUGUUGCCAGCUGUUUAGACAAUAAUGAUUGCAGUUACUGUAUUUCUUUGACAGUAAAUCUAUACUGCUAUGCAAGCUGUACGCUGACCAAGUGCCGUCCGUUUCAUUUCUAGAGUAUUUUUCCUUGACAAGAUAAAAUGGUUGCUGAAAUGAGUGGUGUACAGUAGAUCCCCGCUUUUCACUCGCGAAUGGUGAAAAAUCGCGAGUAAUAAUAUGCCUAUAAAAAAGGUCUAUUUUUGACACACGGCACGCUCUCACCCCUCCAAAUCCUGCUUCUAAUUUCAGAUCAACAUUUGCAUUCAACGCGAUUCAGCUCCAGACCCCUCAUCUCUCAGUUGCCAUUGUUCACAAUCCAAGUUUAAGCCCUAAAUAUGCCUCACACACGUAUUCAACACAAACAUUCAAGGAGAAAAUGGAUGAUAAUGUAAGAUGAUCCAUGAACAGAUGGAAUCCGACCACAGUGUAGCUUUUAGCCUCGUCCUCAGACUAGUGCUAGAUCAGAAGUCUCCAACCUUUUUUCUUUUUUUUUUUUUUUUGCCAGAAAGCUCCUCUUACAAAAUAAAAAUGGCCGACCUACUCAUUUUCGCCAAACAAAGUGAAAAUGCUUGUUUUGCCAGACACCAUCCAUCCAUCCAUCUUCUAUGCCGCUUUUCCUCACAAGGGUUGCGGGGUAUGCUGGAGCCUAUCCCAGCUGACUGGGGGCAAGAGGCAUGGUACACCCUAGUAGGCGCUAUCAGCAGUAAUCACGUAUUUAUUAAAUUAUUACCGAUUUUGGGUGAAUGAGAUGUUUUUUUCUGCAGAAAAAAAUGACGUAAUUAUAGCGAACCAUUAUUUGCGGGGCCGUGAAAGCUGAAUCGUGACUGUGCGGGGAUACACUGCACUCACUGAUGUGAAUACUGCGUGUAUCAACACAGAGGGGCCUUCGGUGAACAGACCACAUUGGAUUAAGCUAGUCACUUUUUAAAUGACCUGGUCAACAAGUAUGACUUGUGUAGGAAUGACCUUUUUCGGCUGUGAGAUGAGAAGUGCCGUUUAUUCUCUCGGCAAAUUGUAGCAGAAAGAACAGAACUCGUCAAUAUGUUCAAAAUUGGUAAUGGAGCCAUUUAUUGAAAAGGAGACUUUAUAUUUCCUGUGAAGUUAAGCGGACAGUUUACAAAUUUUACCCGAUGAUAAUAAAUGACAACCUCUUUUAAAGCUUUCCAAACAAUCGGUCAGUGUUUGAAAACGAAACCUAUCCUUGAUGAUAUCAAACCACGGUGAGCAGACGUACUUGAGGUUCAUCUUUUUCAUGUUCGGGAACAAAGAAUCCAACACAUUUUUGUCGUGAUUGUGGAAGAAAAGGUCAAAAGUCAGAUCGCCUGGUACGUGGUGUUUGUUGGCUUCUAAUUUUGAACAAAUCACCUGUGAACUGUUAGGAAUGAUUGCUUAUUAAAUCGAAGCUUGAUCCUUAGUGUUGUCGGAUUUAAGGUGAUUGAGCAUGGACAUGCAGGCCGAAGAGGAAUUGUCAAGUUUAUUCGUUUAUUUUUGGGGGGGUUUCUGGGUGAGAGGGGUUGGUUUGUAGGUUUUUGUACCUAGUAACAGAGGUGUGGACCUGGCAGUCUCAUCAAAGACUUAGGACUCGACUUGGACUUUGACAUCAGUGAUUCAGACUUUACACUGAUGACUUGAAAACACUUGAGAUUUUCAGUGUGUGUGUGUUGAGUAAAACGUGUCCUUGUUCAUCGUAUUCAACUAACGCGAGCGUUGUAUCCUUUCGUACUCGUCAAACUGAAUAGAUUGUUACAUUGUUGGCAUUUUAUUUGGUGAACACUGACAGUGCUUCGGACUUAACUCGACCCGGCUUGUCUUGACUUAAGACUUGAUUGGACUGGCACAUGUUGACUUGUGACUUGGUAAUAAAGACUUAAAAAACACAGACUUUCCCUCACCUCUGCCUGUCUACAAUAUUGGUCUGACACAAUUACCCCCCCCAAUGCAGGCUUAGCCCAAGAACUUGUUUCUUGUCUGACCUGAAAGCACUAGUUUCUUUUGUCAUCCAGCCUCACACUAUCAAAAAACAGAAGGUUUACCACCUAACAAACAUAAGAACAGUCCAGAUGUUUUAUGGUAGCUUUAUUGUAACAGAGAGAGAGAAUGUAAAAAAAAAAAUAAUAAAAGUUAUAAAAUAUUUUUUCUUUAAUUGAGGGAAAUAAGUUUUUAAUCCCAAAGCGAGCACAAAGGUCAGAUGUUUCUCCUACUUGGUUACCACGGUUGCACACAUCUCAGGAGGGAUUUUGGUCGGAGAACCAUCCUCAAAUCAGAAUGUUUGCACCUCCAGUAGGGAUGCUGCUGUUCAGCAUUUGUGUGUCUCCAAAUGCAUCCAGUGGAGUUGAUGUCAAAGAGCUGAAUUUUGGUCACAUCUGACCGCAUCGCGAUCGUCUGAAUCAAUCAGGUGUUCGUUGUUAAGAUGUAGAUGGGCCUGUCUUCUUCAGGAGGGAACCUUGCGGGAUCGCAGUCCAUUACAGGAAAGUGUGUUACUACUGCUUUUCUUGCUGGCGGUGCUCCCAGCUCCCUUGGCAUCAUUAAGGUUGAUGAUGAGAUUAAUGAGACAAUUCUGGGCCAAUCAUCCUGACACCGUACCUUCAUGGUAGUCUUGGAGCCCAUUCCGGUCUUGUCAUUGUGGUGCUUUGACAGCUCUGGUCUUGCCCAUGGUGGUGGGGAGGUUUCAUUGGAAGAGAUUGUUUUGUUUUUUUUAAAGGAACAGGACUAAUGUGUGUGCUUAAUAGACACGUAACCAAUCUGUUGCGGUCAAAUGCUUGCUGGUUGAUAGGGGAUCAGAUACUUCUUUAGGCUUCUUUUUCUGGAUUUUUUUCCACAUGAAAGCUACUAUAAACAUUUCUGGACUGCUCAUAUCCUUUGUAAGGGCCAAGGUUACCAAAUCAGCAGGAGAUGAAAUACUUCCUGUCCGAACUGUAUUUGUGUCAAGGUGAGGACUUUGUUGGAAGUCGGCUCUCGGGAGCGCUCGCAGCAAAUGAUUGGAUGUUCCCCAGGUUGCAUUGCGUCAUUCAAGAGAAAUGCUGCGAUGUGGAAUGCACUCUGAUGUCGGAGAUUGAAUUCGUUUAGCCUAUUUUUAUUUCUAAUGUUGCAUGUGGAUGACUGAGCUUGUUUGUCCAUUGUAGGUUUGAGUUAAACAACAUUUUUUUUGUUAGAAUGAUAGUGACAUUUUAUGAAAACAAAACACUAAAAAAAAAAAAAAAAAAUAGGGUAAAUCAUGCAUGUGCUGUCAUAUGUCCUUCUCUAGUGGCCGUAAACAAGUGUGCCUGAAAUACUUUGCAAGACUUUCCCACUUUAAUGCUUCCUCCUCGAGAUGCGAUGUGUGAUGAAAGAUGAAAAUAUACUGUGAAGGAAUACUUUUUUUUUUCUUUUUUAAUGGCUGCAGACAUCUUACUGACAACCAAACUAUGGCAUUAGCAUUGUAUGCGUCAUGAAAUGUCUCAUGAUUGUGAGUCACAGUUGUUUAGUAACUGUGUCAUGUAGGUUUUUUUUAACAAUUGAUAAGGAAAAUACAUGAAAAAACAAAGCAAUUUGGAGAAGUGAAUUUUCUUUUUUCUUUUUCUUUUUUUUUUCUUUUUACUAUUUUGUGUAGUAAAAUUUUGGAAGAUGUUGUGAAUGCAAAUGAAUGUAUAUCUUUGUACAGACCGUUGAAUCAAAGGACUUGUUAGUUAGUUAUGAUAGACACAUGCAAGAAAAAAAUAAUCUUUUUAUUAAAAAAAACAUUUUGUAUUAGAUCAUUAACAAUGGUAAGUUUUGUAUAUAUGAAGGCUAGGCUUUCUGAUUAGCAGAAAGUUAAAACAUUCCUACAUUUUUUUAAAUGUAUGUUCAUGGAGAGUAACUAUGUAAACAUGCACAAUGUUUUAUGUGCCUUUUAUUUGGGUUUGUCUAAAUAAAAGAAAACAG